UUUUUUAUGAAUGACAAACGAUUGAAAUAUAUAUAAUAAUAAAUCUUUUAAAUAUUAAUUUUGUAACGAUUGGAGAUUUAACUAAAUGUGCACAUGUAGUAUUUAUUCUGUCAUUAUUUUAAAAUUUGUGGUACACAAUGAACAUGAAACGACAGGAAGAAACUUUAGCGGGUUGGAGCAUUAUAUGGUGGUUGUUUAAAUUAUUUGGUAUUCCAGUAACCAUCCCUUGGCUGAUAUAUCACCUUUUUGAUAUUGUGCAGCAGAAACGGAAAAGAGCAGCUCUUAGCAGCAAGGUGGUAAUGAUAACUGGUGCCAGUUCCGGCUUGGGAGAAGCUUUGGCUCAUACAUUCUACCGCUAUGGUUGUAGAAUCAUCUUAGUAUCUCGCAGAAAAGAAGAACUGGAGAGAGUAAAAAAUGAUUUGAUAAAUACCCAUCAAACAGUUCCAACUCAUCCACCCAUUGUUUUGCCAUUAGAUUUAACUGAAAUUAAUAACUUGGAAGAUGAAGUGUCAAAGGCUAUAAUGGUACAUGGCAGAAUUGAUAUUUUAAUAAAUAAUGCUGGCAUUUCGUAUAGAGGCGAAGUUAUUAAUACAAAUGUUGAUGUAGAUAUAAAAGUCAUGCUGUCAAAUUAUUUCUCUCAAGUUGCAUUGAGCAAAAUUAUUCUUCCAUUCAUGAUAGAACAGCAAUCUGGCCAUAUAGUUGGUAUAAGUAGUGUACAAGGGAGAAUUGCUAUACCAUUUAGAUCUGCAUAUGCUGCAUCUAAGCAUGCGUUACAAGCUUGGUAUGAUACCGCUAGAGCAGAACUGUUUGACAAAAAUAUUAAGUUUACAGUUGUUAAUCCAGGAUACAUUAAAACAUCUCUUUCUCUUAAUGCUUUAACAGGAAAUGGACAAGUAUAUGGAUUAAUGGACAAAACAACUGAAAGUGGUUAUCAACCAGAGUAUGUAGCUGAAUGUGUUUUAAAAUCAAUAUUGAAGCAAGAGAAAGAAGUUACUAUCGCACCAUUUUCCCCAAAGGCUGCUAUAGUACUUAGAACUUUAUUUCCUUCGCUCUUCUUCUGGAUUAUGCAAAGACGUGCAAGAAAAUCAGCAAAGAAUAAAUAAUAUUAAACUUUAAUUACUACUAAUUUAAAUACUAUGUAAUUAAAAAUAGAAUAUAAUUGAUUAUUUUUUAUAAUUGUGAAAUGGAUUUAUAAAUAAUAUAUAUUUUUUGUAUAAAAUAAACAAUUAGAAUGUUAGAAAAAAGAAUAUUAAAAAAUUUGAAUUUAAUAUUGUACAAUAAAGAAUAUAUAUAAUUUUGAGCAACCAUAAGUAUACUAUUUCUAGUAUAUUCGUAUAAAAAAUAGAAGGAAUAGAAAUUAACAAGAUAAAAUGUUCAAAAAUUUUAUCAUUAAAAUCUUUUUUGUAGAUUAUUGAAAAAGAAUAAUAUGUAUUUAAUAUUAAAAUAACUUAUUUAAAUUUUCUUUAUUUAUGUAAAUAAUAUAAAUUUACUUAAAAUAUAAUAGUUUUUUAAUAUAUAUAUAUAUAUAUAAUGUAUGUAUUACUUCCAAAAAGAAUGUACUUAUUGUAAUAAAAUCUAAAAUCUGUUGUCAUGAAGCAAUUUAUCCAUUUUAAUUUGCAAAAUCCUCUAGAUAUAGAUCACACGUUUGUUAUUUUUUGUAUUCUUUAUAUAAUGAAGCAGAAAUUUAAAAAAGCGUGUAAAAAAGCAUAUAUAAUAAAAAUUUAUGUUAAAUAAAAUAUAUUGUCAAAUAAAAUAUAAUGCUGUUAAACUUAACAUCAAAUGAUUACACAUACUUUCAUUAAAAAUGUUACAUUUUAUAUAUGUUGAUGGUACAUAGCUGCCUUAUACAUACAAAUGCAUAAUUUUUGAUAUAAUUUGAUUUGAAAAGUUUUACAGAUUUAAAAAAUUUGACUGCAUGUUCUGUUCUAAUAAUAGCUUGUUUUAUGUGCAAUGGAUUUUCUUUUCUGUAAUAUUAUAAUUUAUUAAUCUAGUACAUUUGGAAAAAGAAAUCUUUAAUAGAAAUAUAAGUUUUUCUGCGCUUCGUGUAUAAAAUAGAACUCUUUAGAGCAAAAUCCAAAUGGAUUUUCAAAUAUUGAUCUUACCAUUCUUGUUUCUCUGAUGUUUGUGCUUUAUUCUAUAUAACAAUAUAACAAUAAUAUUUUAAAGUAUAUUAAUUAUAUAAACUUGAUUUCUAACAUUUAUUGUUAGAACAAUAUUCAGAACUAUGUACAUAUCACCAUGUUCAUAUUUUGAGCUCUUCUGUCGAUGUACAUACGAGGAAUACGGUUUGUUGUUCAUGUGACCAUAAAUUUUGUUAUGUGAAAAAGUUCACAUAUCGUACAAUGUACAGGAUUUUGGCUUUUAUUAUCUUUAAACAUUUACAGGAAUGUAUGUGAUAGCUUUCAUUUGAUAGGACUAAUGUAAACGAUAAAAAGUUCUUAUAUGCGCGUUUGUAAUGAAAAAAAAUGUAUAUCUUAUUCUACAUAUUUGUGAUUAAUAAAAUAAUCAAAGCCUAAAAAAAUA